AUGAGUCAUGGUACACGAAUUCUAAAAGUAUCAGAAUUUCAUGUCUUUACUGAUAAAGCAAAGUCCUGUUUUUUAAAUCGUUCAAAACAAAGUGAGUUAUCAAUAUUAUUUGAUAGUCAUUAUCGUGGCGUGAACCAAGUUCGUCGUUCAAAAUGUUUUCAUCUUUCUAAUUCUAUUAUCGGUGGUAUUUGGUCUACGAAUUCAAAACCGUCAAAAGCACAAAUGCAGGAAAUAAUGAAAUUGAUUGUUGAUCAGUUAUUGAAAUUGAAGAACAAAUUUACACCAUACAUGUUGCGAAUAGACUAG